AUGAGGCAAGAAAGCUGCGUUCAAAGCGUCCACCAUCUCUCUGUUCAGAAUGAGCUUUUAAAGCAUGAGAAUGAGGGCUUAAAGGAGGCUCUUCAACACAAAAAGAAGCACGAGAAGAAGGGCAAAGCUCUUGACCUUCAACAGCGCCAGGAGUAUCACGGUGGCACUGUCUUCUGGUCUCCUCGCAAGUUGCGUGAUGCUCGAGCUAGAGAAGCAGUACGGGAGCGAGAUGAGACGGAGGAGAAACUCCAAAAAGCACAGGCCAAGAAGCAGCGUAAGGAGGCUCAACUGCAGCGUCAAGUUGAGCUCGAGGAGAAGCGUGUAGAGAGGCAGAGGCUCAAAGAGAUGAGGGAGGUUGAGCGAGCUGAGAAAGCAGCUGAACGCGCGCGCAAAGUUGAAGCUCAACACCAGAAAAAAUCUAUCCAACAAGCUCAACAACGCAAGCGUAAAGCCUCACAAGUACUCUCACCAAGUAACAAGCGUCAAAAACGCGCUGGCGCUGCUCACGCUGGUGUUCAAGCUGGAGAUGAGCUAUCUGCUACUCCAGCCAAAGUCACAUCACGUGGCCGCAACGUCAACCUCCCACAAAAGUAUAGAUAGUACAAGUUGAUCGCAAGCAUCUAAUUAC